AUGUUAACCGCAAAUUUUAGAUUUCGUGUUCCCAAGCCUUUAAGGCCACUGCCUGAAUUAUUUGCAAGUGAGGGGUUUGGAUUAAUACCAUAUGAUAAUGUCAGUUGUAUGAUAGCUAUUCUCUUCUGUUGUAUACUCUGGAGACUCAUUUGGUCCUGGGGCAUCUUGAGUAAGGAUGGAGAGUCCCUCAGGCAGCAGAGAAAUUAUGACUACAUGAGUGGCAUAUACCUCAUUCUCAAUUUCUACAACAGUAUCAAACACCAACUAGAAAGGUAUGAGGAGCAACUCAAGUGUGCCUUCCAGCAAGACUCGUCAGGUUCUGAUUGGUCUUCGUCGUGUAACGAGCAGUCAGUGCCAGGAUGUAGCAGCCGACCCAGCUCACACAGCAGCGGUGAUAGCACACACUCAAGAAGUAGGAGACACAGCCCUCAGCAUCUACACCGUCUACGAAGAACCACCAGUAGGACGAGCUUUCACGAAGCCAGCCCUUACCCUUUUCCAAAAGAAUUAAGCGUUUCUCCCAUGCCAUUGCCCUUGGAGCAUCUACAUUGUAGCCAGUCAACUCACUCAUAUGAGAAGCCAUAUUACUUAGCACCAAGAAUAUCACCUCCGGAUGCAGUAUCUGGCAAAAAUGAGACGACCGAGAGGCCUGUAGUUCCCAUUGCACCAUGUCAAGCUGAGACUGUAGCCAGGCGAGACACUUCAACCUGCCACGAAGUCAGACUCCCGAGAAAAUCUCCCCGCAGGCUUUGGCAGUUUGCCAUUUUAAUUGUUCAGAUAAUGGUGAUGCUGCUUCCUGCAAGGCUGAGAUAUGCCCAGAAAGUAUCCAUAGUGAAGACCACAACAAAGGUACUAAAAGUAGCCUCCAUUCUUGCAUCUGCUGGCCCCCCGGUGACCAUCAAGCCAACCUCUCAAAUGGCCAAAGUAUCCUUAAACUCACAGGUGUUCUUACAGAAGCUGGAACUUCACUUGCGCUGUAAGCUGAGCGAACAACUUUGGGGUUUUCCCAAGCUGGUUAUCAAGUAUGCUGGCGAGCAAGUUGUCCAUCUGCGAUUGUCCGGGAGAUCAGGCGACAGGAGAGCCACGCAAGGUGAGGGUAAGGCUGAAGUCAGCAAGCUGCAGCCUGGUGAUCGGCUGAAGAAGUUACAUCACAGGUAUCCAAUGGCCCUCGAUGACCUUGAUGUGCCCAACACCAGUCUAAUCAUCCAGCAGGCGGAGCACUCAGAGAUCCUUAGGAACCCUGAAGCCCCAUACAGAGCUCGACAGGAUGAUCAUCUGGGAAUAAAAAUUCACACAAAAAAGGAAUGUAACCUGGGUAUGCGGCUGGAAACGAAACGAGAUAUGAAACAAUUGGAGGCACAAAUCAGGAGAAGACAUAGGCUGGCCAAUCGUCACACCUUCCACAGCCGGUCACGUCACCCUCACAUCUUGACCAUCUCUGCCAUCGUCUCGACACAGACAACUCAGCCUGACUCAGAGAAGAAAGGGCCCCCUCUUAAAGGAAGACAAGCCAUUAUGUUUAUGAACCAGUUCAGCCUGAUUCAGAUUGAACAGAACUUGACCCUGAAACGUGAGAACCACCUUCAGGGGAAGCAGACUCCCUACACCCUUUCUCUGGAGGAGAUGGCUGCCACCUCAACCCAAGAUCAUUUCUGUGUCCAGAAUGAGAACGAGGGAAGAACAUCUGGUUCCUGGUUCUCGAGGACACCACCAUGAAAAAGCCUGUCUUCUGCAUACCCCACUUACCUCCCCACACCAAGUGCUCCUGAAAAAAAAAAUGAAAA